UGCUCAUACAAGCCAGAAAGUCCUGGAAGCCUUUGGACCAUUAUCCACAGACUAAACAUUCUCCGAACACCCAGACAUCAGUGGUGAGAGUGAUGCCCCACAAGCACCAGGCCGCAAACCUAUAUCUCAUGGUAUCGUCAGCUCAGGCAAAAGCAACCCAGUCUCGUCAAGAGCCUGCACACUUCAAUUCAAGGUCGGUCAUCCACCUACUUCCCCACUACAAACCUCCUUGUCCGCUACGGUCAAGGCGUACCUCGCAAGAGGUAUCAAAAGCCAAGAAAGUAUCGCUGUCUUCAACCGUGACAAGACCGCCUGAUUCGGCACCGCUUGAGCGGAUUGGACUUGGUGAAAGAUUCAACCAAGACCAUUGGCCGAGAAAAUAUGGCGACAUGAAAAGUACCUACCUGGCUUCCGACAAGGGGAUGGCGUUAGCUAGCGAGUGGAGUUUUGUCCUGGAAGAACUCCGUAGCUGCUGUACACAAGCAGAAGAUAUUUGAUCCAAGAAGCACGUUGCUCUGACAGUGGAUCAUGAGACCGCAAGCUGGGGCACGCAUGAGGAGCUGCAGUCGUAGAACUCCGCAGCUGCUAUACACAAGCGUAAGAUGCUUGAUCCAGGAAGCCUGUUGUUCUGACAGUAGGUACAUCAAUAUUCACGCCUCAACAGCAGUCUCGUGAGCUGCAGUCGUGGAACACAUCACGUGAUUUUUGUUGGGACGAACUCGGAACACCGGAUGACAUGCCAGCAAGAC